CUAAAACACAUCGGCCACUUCGGUGCUUCACGGCGGUCCCUCCUCCUGGGAUUUGCAAACAACAUGCGCUAUGCGCAGGUUGGCGUGUGUUUGUCGAGGUCGCGGUUGCAACUCCGCCGUGGGUGCCGUAUCUGCUGUGCUGCCGCAAACGUGGCAGACUUCUAAGGUGCCGCAAUGUCGAUCAGUUGUCUGCUUUAAAACUGUUUCGUUAUCUUCUGGCACGUCAACGUCGCAGCAUUAAAGUCACUUUCUACGAUGAGCGGCGUCCUGACGUCCAACGAACGAAUCAUGCGCCCGAGCGACGUUGAAAGUGGACUGAUUAACUUGGCGGGCGCACCACCGUCUUGGGCUGAGAGCUUUACGUGGAGGAUGGGUCAAAGGAAAAGUCUCUGGAGGCUAUGGAAGCAGCUGUCAAGACUCCAACGAUCACUGCUGCUGGUGCUUGCUGUGGCAGCUCUGCUACUUGUGGCAUCACGCAUGGGCCAGGCUCCUGUACCACCAGCUCCUGUUGCAGAGACCGGCCGACCCCCUGAGGAGGCAACACCUCCGCAGAUCUUACCCUCGACCCCUCAGCCCCCGGAGGACAUAAAGGUCACCCUUGGGCACAGCUUCCUUGGGGCAACACCAGAAACAGCCUCCUCGCGUCUCUUCCAGCAGAGCGUGGGUCUACGUGAGCGCCGGGAGGCUGUGGUGAAUGCAUUUCGCCACGCUUGGAAAGGCUAUAAAGCGUAUGCCUGGGGCCAGGACCACCUGCGACCUCUUUCACGCACAGGGCACACCUGGUUUGGCCUGGGUCUCACGAUUAUUGAUGGCAUGGACACCAUGUACCUCAUGGGCCUUCACGAAGAGCUUGCUGCUGCCCGGGAGUGGGUGGCACACAAUCUGCAACUGGCACAGCACAAAGAUGUGAACCUGUUCGAGACUACUAUUCGUGUCCUGGGUGGACUGCUGAGUAUGCACACCCUUACUGAGGAGCAGCUGUACCUUGACAAGGCGCUGGAACUUGGGCGCCGUCUGCUACCUGGGUUCCGGUCGGCAUCAGGGGUGCCUUACUCUGAUGUGAACCUUGCCUCCGGAGUGGCACAUGCUCCUGUCUGGGCUCCGGACAGCAGUGUCUCAGAGGUAGCCACGCUGCAGCUCGAGUUUCGUACUCUGAGUCGUGCCUCAGGGGACUCACAGUUUGAAGUUGGGCACAGUUGUCUCAGAGGUGGCCAGCUCCAAACAGAUGGCUUCCUUCAGCUGCACAAGACGCGAGAGCAUGUCGUGCUCACUAUUCCACCUUGUUUCCACGUCUUGAAUAAGUUCCAGAACUGA